UCAGCAUCUACCCCUUCACAGUCCUCCUGUCAACAAGCGUUGCUCUCUCAGACUCUAGCUAACAUCUCCAGCUGCACUUGUUACAACGCUUUCUAUCAUCUUUAUCGCAAGAAUCAAGAUCUGUUCUAGCACUUCUGUCUCCUCCACCAAAAAGGAAAGCAACAAUGUCCAGCAUCAUGAAAGUGUUUCUGCUCCUGGCUGUCAUCGUCUGCAUCUCUGAAGCCCAACGUCAUCAAUCAGGAGGCUGUCUGUGUCAACGUGUCAGCAGUAAAAUGAGCACAAAAGUAAAGGACAUCCAGAUCUACCCGGCAACUGCGUUCUGUGACAGAGUGGAGAUUGUUGUCACCGACAGAAGAGGGCUUCGCUUUUGCCUGGACCCCGAGUUGAAGACAGUGCAAAGAGUCAUGGCUUCCAUCAUAAAAGCCCAAACUACAGCUAGACAAGCUGAGCUCACGACCAGCCCAAGCAGCACCAACACAGCUCGCGUCUGACUCUUCCACUCCUGGAAUCGAAAAGAAGCUAACAUGACCUCUGACCCCGUUUGAAAAAUGCACCUUCAAGGAAUGUAGAUGUGAAAAGAAUGAAACUGUUUGUCUAUUUAUCCUCUAUUUAUACUCAUGUGCACUUUUAGUAUACAUCUGUUUCUUUUUGUUUAUAUAUUCCUCUUUGUAAAUUGAUGUAUGUGUUGUAAUUGAGCCAAGUCCUUUGCCUUUUGGUCAUUUCAGUAUUUUUUCUAAAUAAAUAUAAAAUCAAUGGAG